GACAACAGGCUUACAGCGGAGCAGCAUCAGUGCACCAGAGCUGGAGACAGACGUCCCCCAUGACAUGCUACGCAAAAUAGGCCGAGGGAUUGAGUCACAAAGUAGUUGGACAGGAGAGGAGGGGGCGAGGGAUGUUAGUCGUGUUCAGGAGCAGCGGGUGUUUAGAAGUGAGCCAUGCCGAGACCUUGACCUCGAGCUCGCCACUGGAACCCGAGUCCCAUAGCUGCCAUGACCACUGUGAGAAUCGCUCGCAAUCCUUCACCUCAUUCCUGCCAUCUGGUAUUUUUAGGCUGUCGGCGACAUGGAAAAUAAAUCACUCUCUUUUUCUCUCCACAGCCGAGGACAGGAUGAGUUCUACGCAGCAGGGGAGCAAGGAGUGACCGUUUCAACGCCGCCGCCGCCACCGCUGCUGCCCCAACAACACAGGCAUGGGCCUUCCAGUUGGUCUCUGUAACACCCUGUCAUCACAGCACAUGUCAACACUCAGACAUGGGUGAGAGCGGAUGACAGGCGUACAAAGAGGAUUGCAGCAGAGAGAGAAGUGGCAGCGUGGUGGUGGGGGGGCACACAAAGGAGAUUGUCUCUGGGAUGUACUGACCACUCACGGAGAUUAAACUAUCGAUGUAUGCGCUGCGCGUCUGACCAAAGACUGUGGCACCCACACCGUCCACAGUAUGGGGUGCAUCAAAUCUAAGACGGGCAACUCCGGAGCCCCAAAUGCAAACUCCACCGGGAAGACGAGGGGCGGGUGCAGGGGGCCGAGGGAGGGAGAGAAAGCCUUCCUGGUUCACCCGGAGGCAGAUGCGGCGGCGGAGAGCUUCCCUCAGGUCAGCCCAGUGCUGCUGGAGUACGCGCAGAAGCUCUCAGAGGAGAUUGUGGCCCGGGCCGUGCAGCAGUGGGUGGAGGUAGACCGCCGCUACAGUGACAUCCCCUACAUUGAAUGUGACAUGCCAUGACACCGGAGGGAGAGCGAGUCACACAGAGGACACCCCGGGGCUGCGCAGACAGACCAAAACUCAUGCGCUCAGAAUGAAUCAUUCAAGGAUUUUAGGAACAUGAAUGAGCCGCUUGUAAUUCAGUUUUGACCUCUUUAUUUUUAAUUGGAUUAUCCCGGGAUUGGGUUUAAAAGGCCCAGUGCAAAGCGACCAAAGCAUUCCAUGACUCAAAACAAGGGCUUUACUCUUAUAUCAGAGCAUCGUCAGUUGGACAUUGUCUUUCUCUGUCCCCCUGCGCCAAGUAGAUUUCGGCUCUCAUGAUGACUCGUGAUGCAACGUGAGAAAUUGUUUAGUAUCACAAUGUUCCUGUCUGCCAGUGAAAGUCUAUCCCGUCCAUUGAUGCCAUCCAGCUAUCUCCUCUUACAGAGGACGUUAUUCUUAGAUCCCUUCAUUUGGUGAAGGCUCUCUGUUGAGAAACUGCACCGGUGCGACCAGGUCAGACAAACGCACACACGACCCAGCAGGCUCUUGUCCUCUACUGUAAGUAACGGCAUCCCCCGGGGGUUCCUGCGGUGGAGCUGCAACAUCGUCCUCGGCUCUAGUUUAUGCCACGGCCAUUAGGCCGAGCCGACCGCAGCCCCACCACUCACCCGGGCAGCUCCUCCAAAUGGGUUUCAGAAAAUGUCUGCGAACAAACGACGCAUUUCCUGCACUCCAGGAUAUUCUGUAUACACGAGUCACAGUAGACGACUGGGACCAGCUGCAGAGUCUCAGCCUCAGAGAAAACAACUCACUUUUCACACAGGAUGAACCUGUCAGCAGAACUGAAGCUUAAAAGGAAAAAAAGAAAACGGAAAAACCUGAAGAUAAGAGUCCUGGGUUUGGGUUCUUGUCAACACUGUCCAUGUUCAAUGUCUAAGUCAGAAAUACUGCCAUUUGCCCUUUAGAGGAGAAGCAGCACAAAUAUGCUCUAGUUUAUGCCACGGCCAUUAGGCCGAGCCGACCGCAGCCCCACCACUCACCCGGGCAGCUCCUCGAAAUGGGUUUCAGAAAAUGUCUGCGAACAAACGACGCAUUUCCUGCACUCCAGGAUAUUCUGUAUACACGAGUCACAGUAGACGACUGGGACCAGCUGCAGAGUCUCAGCCUCAGAGAAAACAACUCACUUUUCACACAGGAUGAACCUGUCAGCAGAACUGAAGCUUAAAAGGAAAAAAAGAAAACGGAAAAACCUGAAGAUAAGAGUCCUGGGUUUGGGUUCUUGUCAACACUGUCCAUGUUCAAUGUCUAAGUCAGAAAUACUGCCAUUUGCCCUUUAGAGGAGAAGCAGCACAAAUAUGCAAAAUCCACCUUAAAAACAAUGUGGUGCUGCUUCUAUAACAGAACACAGACCAGGCGACAGAGUCAAGAUAUAUUAACAAUAGAACAUUCAUAACCACCAGAGUCCUUAAUGAAUGUUAUGAUAAGCCUGACUGACCCACGUUAGAAGGCCUGUGUGAACAGUUUUAUUUGAACAGUGGGGACAUUAUUAUAAAAGGUGUGGUCUUUGUCUUUCGUUCAGUGGACACAGGGACAACGUAAGGACCGGCCAAGGCCUUGGAAGUCAAAUCUUCAAACACAGGUACACAAACUGAUGUCAUUAAGAUUGACCUAAAAGUCACGUUGUUGCAGGAUCAGAUAAUUAUCAAGUGUCACGAUUUGGACUGAAAGGGGAAUUAUUUUUUUUCAACCUGAGCCUCGUGUUUUUAAAUGUGUGUUUUACAUAUAACAUAAAAUAAAAGGCUAACAACAGUCCUGUCCUGUCCUCAGCAAGAUAUUGACACAUUUGCAACUCCGUUACGACUUCACCUUUAGUGGAGAUCAUGGAGAUCUUCAAUUAAAAACAAAUCGUACAAGUCAAAAUCAAAGUACAACUAGUUAAAUGUUGAUAGUGAACAGGGUCUUGACUGAGGCUCUGUGUCUGAGAGCUACAGUCGUGUCAGACUGUAGCUCUCGUCCUCUGGUGACACCGGCAUUGUCCAGUCCUGUGACCCACUUUUCUGUCCUGCCUUGCAGAAAACGACAGUAAUUGGUUGACAUUGCAUUCAUUUUUGCGAUGACGUGGCCUCUGAUUCCUGGAGCGUCUGAUUAACUAAGGGCCCGGGUUGGAAAAGGACACAAAUCACCUUAAAUGAGCCAUAAAAACAGUGGCAGCAGGUGAUUCUCACCACUUGCCUUCUCUAAAUGCCACUAAUGCUUUUUCUGUGUUGACAUGAAACCUAGGCAGUGCUAUUAAAAACUACUCCUACUGUUUGGUUCUAGUGCCGUCUUUUAAACUGUGCCUGUUUUUAUGAAGAGCAGCGUCAUUGAAAGAGUCAAUGAGAGAAAAUUCACGCCAUUUUAAAGCUGCAGUUUUACAAAGUGUUGAUGUGAUAAUGGAUGGAAACCACGACACAAAUUGAUGCCUAACUUGCACUAAUCUGAGUACAUGGAUUAAACUCUGGCACCGAAUUCCCAAACAUGUUGUCAGAACAGAACAUUAAAGAUUAGAGACGACACUGUCCAUCAUAGGCCAUAUUCCUAACUCUUAAUCUGAGCCCGUUUGUUUUGUGCUAGAUUAAAUGACAAAAGGCUGAGCUCACUGUUGAGACAACUGUUCCUUUCCGUCUGUGUUGGGAUCUGAAUCGAAAGUGUGGUUUGAAAAGCACAAGAAUAAAGUGAUUAUUGUGUAAAAAGUCA